CGCAUCGCAGAUCAAAUGCAUUUCUUGAUGUACCCACCGUGAAUAUGCAUCAUCUGAGAGUAAGCGAUGAUGAGGAUUUAGAUCGUUUAAGAACAUUUAGUGCUUCAAAAGGAGGUAUCAUUAAUCGUGGCGACUCCUUUAGACGUCGUCGUUCACGCAGCAAUAGUUUGGCACCCGUCAGUCCCAUUCACCCACGCGUUGGUGCUUUAGCUGGCUGCACAGAUGCCGAUGUUAAUCCCAACGAUGCCAGCCAACAGCAGCAAGUAGAAGUUUAUCAUGUCGAAAUGCUGGGAGCACCCGGUGUGGGCAAACAAGCACUUGUCUCACAAUUUCGUACUUCAGACUGUAUUAAUGCUUACGAUGGACCAGAAUGUGAUGAAGCUGAACAAAAUAUUUCAAUUAUUUUAAAUGGUAUCGAAUCGGAAUUGAAAUUUUUAAUAAACGCACGUGAAUUAAAGGAUGAACUUGAAAAGGCCGAUGCUUUUUUGGUUGUAUACUCUUGCGUAGACAAGGAAUCAUUUACACGAGCCAAACAGAUUUUAUCACGUCUACAAGAUAUGGAUUUAAUUAGAACACGACCAAUUAUAUUGGUGGCAAAUAAAAUUGAUUUAGCGAGAUCACGUGCCGUUUCCGCCCAGGAUGGUAAAUGUUUGGCCUGUACAUUUGGUGCAAAAUUUAUAGAAGUAUCGGUGGGUAUUAAUCACAACUGUGAUGAACUAUUGGCAGGAACUUUAACACAAAUACGCUUGAAAAAAGAACAAAAUUUAUUACAGCCUAAAACGAAAAAAAUGAAAAAUAAAUCUAAAGAUAAAGAUAAACCAAAAGACAAUUUAAAUAGCGACAAUAAUUGUCACAAUAAAAAUAAUGAUUUUGAUCAAGGGGAAAAAUCAUUAAAUGAUAAAAAUUGUGAUGUUAUGGGUCAUCGUGAUACCUCACCCUCACCGGCCCACUGGUACAAGAGUCGCAGUGUUAUGAUGGCCAGCAUGAAGGCAAGACAAAUGUUGACCUGGAUUUUGGGUAAAGAAGAUUCAAAAUUUAAACAUUGUGAAAAUUUACAAGUUUUGUAAAAUCUAAA